AUGGCAGCGAAAGAGAAUGACACUCAACCUCAAAAAGUUCUAAUCACAGGUAUUAGUGGUUUUGUUGGAGCCCAUGUUGCUAAAAGCUUUCUGGAUCAUGGCUGGGAAGUGAUUGGUACGGUAAGAUCAGCUCAGAAAGGAAACGGCCUACUCGCUUUACCAGCCUUUUCACAAUCUGCAAAGGAAGGAAAAAUAAAAUUCACAGUUGUUGAAGACAUCAGCAAGGCCGACUUCAAUCAAGUCUUGAAGGGUGUUGAUGCUCUUGCGCAUACCGCUAGCCCUUUUCAUUUCGAUGGCAAAACAUUUUCCGACUAUGCUGAUCCAGCGAUUGAGGGAACUCUGAACAUACUCAAGGCUGCUCAAGCUUCUCCUCAAAUCAAGGCGGUCGUUGUCACUUCCUCUUUUGUUUCGGUAGUCGAUCACACUCUGCCACCCGAAAAGCAAGGCGGAAAAGUCUAUUCCGAGGCCGACUGGCUGCCCAUCACUUAUGAGGCUGCUGAUGCAAGUUCGGAUUCCGCCCUUUGGUAUUGCGCUUCUAAGAAGCUGGCAGAAGAAGCCGCGUGGGCAAUCAAAAAAGAAGGUGCGAAUUGGACCUUGGCUACCAUUUGUCCGCCAAUGAUUUUUGGUCCAGUUAUUCACACCGGAAACUUGUUGGGCCUCAACGAAUCUUCGCGUCAACUUUACGACUUGUUCUCCGGAAAGACGGGAGGCGAAGUACCGCCUACGCGAUUCCCAUGUCUCUCCGAUGUGCGUGAUGUGGCUGAGGCUCAUUACCAAGCUAUUUCCCGGAUGGCAACUGGAAGAUUCAUUGUGGCAUCAGGGGUUUACGACAACCAGCGCAUCGUCGAUACGAUACGAAAGAGCUUUCCCGCAGCCUCCGAUCAGGUUCCUAAUGGACGACCAGGAAAGCAUUAUCGCCCAGAAGAAGUGUAUGCUCUCGAUUCAAGCAAGGCGAAGAGGGAGCUUGGUAUCAGAAUCAGGCAGUUCGAUGAAAUCAUUGUGGAUACUGUCCAAAACUAUAUCGACCUUGGAGCUCAAACUUAG